CAAUAUAGCACACAGCUAGGUUGACCUUACCACAUCCUGGUUGAUACCAACUUUAUCAACUUUUCCAUUAAGGCCAAACUGGACUUAGUGCAGUCAAUGAUGGAUUGUCUCUAUGCCAAGUGUAUCCCUUGUAUAACUGACUGUGUAAUGGCUGAAAUUGAGAAAUUGGGGCAGAAGUAUCGAGUGGCUUUAAGGAUCGCCAAGGAUCCAAGAUUUGAACGAUUACCAUGCACACACAAAGGAACCUAUGCAGAUGACUGCUUAGUACAGAGAGUAACUCAGCACAAGUGUUAUAUUGUGGCCACAGUUGACCGGGACCUUAAACGAAGAAUCAGGAAGAUCCCUGGAGUUCCCAUCAUGUACAUUUCUAACCAUAGGUACAACAUUGAGCGGAUGCCAGAUGAUUAUGGAGCCCCUCGAUUCUAAUACUUAAAAGACAAAGUUCCUCUGCUUUCCUUCAACCAAAUUUCUCUUUUGCGGGUUUAUUAAACAUGCUACAACAUG